CUGCGGCGGCAGAAGUCAGUUACUUCUUACACAGGACUCCUAACGGCUCCACCGUAAGAACUAACGGCGGCUCUUCCGCUUCUGUUUCAGCUGAAAGUCACAAAGACUCCACACAUCAGAAAACAUGCGUGAGUGUAUCUCUGUGCACGUGGGUCAGGCUGGAGUCCAGAUGGGCAAUGCAUGCUGGGAGCUCUACUGCCUGGAGCACGGGAUCCAGCCGGACGGACAGAUGCCCAGUGAUAAGACCCUCGGAGGAGGAGACGACUCCUUCAACACGUUCUUCAGUGAGACUGGGUCUGGAAAGCAUGUCCCCAGAGCGGUCUUUGUGGAUCUGGAGCCCACCGUCAUCGAUGAGGUGCGGACAGGAACGUACCGGCAGCUGUUCCACCCUGAGCAGCUGAUCACCGGUAAGGAGGACGCCGCCAACAACUACGCCCGUGGACACUACACCAUCGGCAAAGAAAUCAUCGACCUGGUACUGGACAGGAUCCGCAAACUGGCUGACCAGUGCACUGGACUUCAGGGCUUCCUGGUCUUCCACAGCUUCGGCGGCGGCACCGGCUCCGGCUUCACCUCUCUGCUGAUGGAGCGUCUGUCUGUCGACUACGGCAAGAAGUCCAAGCUGGAGUUCUCGGUGUACCCGGCCCCCCAGGUGUCCACGGCUGUGGUGGAGCCCUACAACUCCAUCCUGACCACCCACACCACCCUGGAGCACUCCGACUGCGCCUUCAUGGUGGACAACGAAGCCAUCUACGACAUCUGCCGCAGGAACCUGGACAUCGAGCGUCCUUCCUACACCAACCUGAACCGGCUGAUCGGUCAGAUCGUGUCCUCCAUCACAGCUUCCCUGCGUUUCGACGGCGCCCUCAACGUGGAUCUGACAGAGUUCCAGACCAACUUGGUUCCGUAUCCCCGUAUCCACUUCCCUCUGGCCACCUACGCUCCCGUCAUCUCUGCUGAGAAGGCCUACCACGAGCAGCUGACCGUAGCUGAAAUCACCAACGCCUGCUUUGAGCCGGCCAAUCAGAUGGUCAAGUGUGACCCUCGCCACGGUAAAUACAUGGCCUGCUGCCUCCUGUACCGCGGUGACGUGGUUCCCAAAGAUGUCAACGCAGCCAUCGCCACCAUCAAGACCAAGCGCACCAUCCAGUUUGUGGACUGGUGCCCCACUGGUUUCAAGGUGGGCAUCAACUACCAGCCGCCCACCGUGGUUCCUGGAGGAGACCUGGCCAAGGUCCAGAGGGCCGUGUGCAUGUUGAGCAACACCACCGCCAUCGCCGAGGCCUGGGCCCGACUGGACCACAAGUUUGACCUGAUGUACGCCAAGCGCGCCUUCGUCCACUGGUACGUAGGCGAGGGGAUGGAGGAGGGAGAGUUCUCUGAGGCCAGAGAGGACAUGGCCGCUCUGGAGAAGGACUACGAGGAGGUGGGAGUUGAUUCAGCCGACGGGGAGGAAGAAGAGUACUGAGGCCAAGGCCACGGGAGGAAGAAGAGGACUGAAACGGAAACGAAGGCACCAAUAAGAACCCAUUCAGACGUGUUCAUUCAACAUUCCAAGGAGAAAGAUGUGUGACAGUUACAAGCAUCAUGGUUUCAGGUUACAGUGUUAACGGGUCAGUGUUCAAACUGAGUUUUGUGCAGAUGUGUGAAUUAGAUCACAUUUUGGUUCAGUAUUAAAAACAAAUGUCAGUUCUCCACUCUGAAUAAAGAUUCCUGAAACAUUUGG